CUCCAGGGAUCGCUUUAAGAAAAUGGCAGACAAGCCGGACAUGGGGGAAAUUGCCAGCUUCGAUAAGGCCAAGCUGAAGAAAACAGAGAUGCAGGAGAAGAACACCCUGCUGACCAAAGAGACCACUGAGCAGGAGAAGGGGAGUGAAAUUUCCUAA